AUAACAACAAAAAAUUACCGCGAAAAUCUUCUACGACAUUGAAAAUUGGAUACUCAAGAUUUAUCACAACUAAAGCGACACUUUAUUCUUCCUGAUAUAUUUAUAAUGUUUUGUGAGAAGGCGCUCGAGCUCAUCAGAGAGCUUCAACGGAUGGGCGAUGGGCAGCUGCCCGCCUUUAAUGAGGACGGCAUUCGCCAAGUCCUGGAGGAAAUGAAAGCGCUGUAUGAACAGAAUCAGAGUGACGUAAAUGAGGCAAAGACAGAAGGCAAGAGUGAGCUGAUUCCCACCAUCAAGUUUCGUCACAGCUGCCUGCUGAGGAAUCAGCGCUGUAGUGCUGCAUACCUGUAUGAUCGCCUCCUGCGCAUCCGUGCUCUCAGAUGGGAGUAUGGAAGUGUGCUGCCCACAACCAUCAGAUUUCACAUGUGUGCAGAAGAGACGGAGUGGUUUAAUCAGUACAAAAAGUCUUUGGCAACCUACAUGAGGUCACUUGGGGGAGAGGAAGGGUUGGACAUCACACAGGAUAUGAAGCCCCCUAAAAGUUUAUACAUUGAGGUGCGCUGUCUAAAAGACCAUGGUGAAUUUGAAAUAGAUGAUGGCACAGUUAUACUCUUGAAGAAAAAUAGCCAGCACUUUUUGCCAAGAUGGAAAUGUGAGCAGCUUAUCCGACAGGGUAUAUUAGAACACGUCAUAUCCUAAGAGGGGAAAAAGCACUUUUGUACAAUUCACUCAUUUAGAUGAG